UAAUGGAUCCCAUUCCAAAUUAUUUCAAAUUUUAAACCAAAAUUUGCAAUUUACUCCCGAACAAAAUCUUUCUCAAUAUUCACUAAAAUUUCUACCUAAAAUGAGACAAAAGGGCCCAUUCCAAACCAGCGAGAAAAAAAGCCCCAAUUAACCAGAUAUCGGACCAAAAUUAUCUAAGACCCUUUCUAGCUUCAGUUCCGUUACUAUAAACACAACAUUUAAUAUCCCGUUGAUAUAUCCAUCGUACGUUAACAUCUGGUCUUUAUUGGAGUGUUUAUAGACGAUUCUGGAUGUCGAAUGUUCUGGCCCCUACUGGGAGAGAUGCUGGAGAUCGGUCGCAUCGCAUUUCAUGACCAUAUAUGGUAUCAUGGCCUACGGUCUUUAUGUAGUAAAACAAUCACACAGCAGUUCACAGUUAAACGUCGGAUAACAACUUAGGGCAAAAUGGCCAAGUAAAUGACCGAACACACUGUGAAUCUUAAUAUCAAGUAAGGAAUUAGUGUGUUUCACGUGCUUUUUUCUGUAGAGGAACUCUUUUGUCAGAAGGCUGGUUCAUACUAACUUCCGGUUUACCGACUGCAUGCGGAAUAUAAAACGUCAAAAAGAUGUCUGACCCACUUGUACUGAAAGAGGAAGGAAACAAAUUCUUCAAGGAUGGGGACCUGGUUGCAGCUCUCACAUGCUACACUAAUGCUCUGGAUAUCUCGGACCUGAAGGAUGCUGAUAAAGCUGCAAUUUAUAAAAACAUGGCUGCUUGCCAUUUAAAACAGGAGAAAUAUACAGAAGCUAUAGAGGAUGCAACUGCUGCCCUAGAAGUCAAUGACAAUGAUCCUAAAGCUCUUUACCGGAGAUGUCUUGCCUAUGAGAAGUUGGGAAAGGUGGAGGAAGCUUACAAAGAUGCUGGAGCACUAAUCAAAGUCGAUCCCAAGAAUACAGCCAUUCAACCAGUUAUCUGUAGACUGACGCCACUAAUUCAGGAAAAGAUGAAACAGCAAAACAGCACCUCGGCAAAAGUAUCACAGAUGUUCAAUUUAGCAUUUGACUCUGCUAGCGAUGAUGAAAAGAAACUUCAGGCAUUAAACAACCUAGUGGUAUUGGCUCGGGAAGAAGCAGGAGCUAAGUUUAUAUGCGACCAGUCUGGGGUACAGAGGCUGAGGGAUUUACUUGAGGGACGAAACCUAGCACUGAUUCAGGCAGCCAUUCGAGUGCUCGCAUGUGUAUGCAGUAACUCCACUUCAAGGUCAUGGUUGGUAUCAAAAGAAAUCGGCAUUAAGCGACUAGGUUUACUGAUGUGGGAGCCAAGUGAAGCUUUAGCGACGUCAACAGGAAAGUUAAUUGAGACAAUGUUAAUUAAAAUCACUGGCCUGGAUGUACAUCGACAAGCAGAAGAGGAAUACCAAGCCAAACGGAAGCGAGCUGAACCAUGUCGCCGACCAAGGCUUGAGAUAAAUGAAGACCAACGAGAAUAUCUGAAGGAGACAUUCCACAUGCUGAUCAAGAUGCUACAGAACUACAAAGUUUCCGGAGAGGGAAGAGAUGCUGCCAUGGAACUUCUUAUCAAAAACAUGCUUCGCAAAAAUGGUCUCCAAUGGACAAGAGAUUUCUUGGAAACUGAUGGUGUAGAGGGAUUAUUAGCUGUUGCUGGGGCGAUCAAACAACACGAGACACUGCCUGUGACAGAGAAUUCUAAGAUGCAUGCGGCUGUGGCUCUAUCGAACAUUUACGACGACCUCUACAGUGACAAGGAGUCGGACAAGUUUAAAGCGAAGUGCAGUGAAUAUUUUAAAGAUUUGUUCGGUGAUGAAAUAUUUGAAUCCAAGAUUGAAGCCCUUAAAGCCAUCUCAACUUUACUUCAGGGCCCGUACGAGGUAGGCAGCAUGAUCCUGGGGUUUGAAGGAGUCACCAAAAUCAUGUUUGCCUUAGCGGACAGCAACAAUGUUCUCCACCAGCAAAUUGCCGUCGAGGCUAUUGUCCAUUCGGCACAAAAGCAGAAGCGAUGUAACAGUCUCCUCGCCGGUGCGGUUCCCAUUCUGAAGAAAUUGUAUCAGACUGCUGAAGACUCCAUCAAAGUGCGCGCCUUAGUGGGUUUGUGUAAACUUGGGACAUCAGGAGGGUCAGAUGCCAGCAAUAAGCCCAUGGCUGAGGGUUCGACUCUCGCAAUGGCAAAGUCCUGCCGACGAUUUUUGAAUAAUCCCUCAAAGGACGUAGAUUUGCGACGUUGGGCAACAGAGGGUUUGGCUUUCCUCACACUGGAUGCUGAAGUGAAGGAAGAUCUUGUCAACGAUGUCAGUGCCUUAAAGUCACUUAUAGAUGUGACAGCAAAAGCAGAGAAGAAUAUUCUGUACCCAGCCUCAACAGUAUUUGUGAAUAUCACAAACAGCUACGACCAGAAAGAAAUUGUCCCAGAAAUGGUUGAGCUGGCCAAAUAUGCUAAACAGCAUGUGCCUGAGGAACAUGAAAAGGACAAGCCAGAAUUCGUGAAGAAGCGUGUGAUGACUUUGGCAAAUUCGGGUGUGGUAACAGCCUUGGUCGCCCUCAGUAAUGCUGAAAGUAAAAACACACGGGAACAGCUAUCCAGGAUAUUCUUGGCACUGACAAAUGAGGAAGAGUUGAGGGGCUUAGUUGUCGCACAGGGAGGAGCCAAGGCAUUAAUGGGUCUGGCCAUGGAUAACAAUACAGACAAAGGCCAGCCCCUGGCAGCACAGGCCCUCGCUAAAAUCACCAUAACAAUGAACCCAGAAACAACGUUUCCAGGACAACGGAUGUAUGAGCUGGUAAGGCCUAUGUUGAAUCUCCUCCACAUUGACAAUACUGCUCUACAAAACUUUGAGGGUCUGAUGGCACUCACAAACCUUUCCUCAAUCAGCGACUCUCUCAGGAAGCGUAUUGUUGCGGAGAAAGGUGUUUCCAUGAUUGAGAACUACAUGACAGAGGAACAUGAAAUGUUGUCACGGGCAUCUACUGAAUGCAUGUGUAAUUUGGUUAUGAACGAGGAGGUAGUGAAGAUGUACGAGAUGGAGAAUGAUCGGACCAAGCUGAUGACGCUGUAUUGUGCUGAGGAAGACCCACAUGUUGUGAAGGCUGCAUCAGGAGCACUAGCCAUACUCACACACAGUCCAAUUGUCUGUAAAAGGGUUGUACAGGUAAACUCCUGGUACGAGAUACUCCAAAGUCUGUUGGUUGAGGAAUCAGUUGAAGUCCAACAUCGAGGCUGUUACAUUGUUAUGAACUUGAUGUGUGCUGAUAAAGAUAUUGCUGCGAAGCUUGUUGAAGGACAGUUGCUGGAAAUAUUAAUGGCACUCAGUAUUUUAGAUGAUCCUACCCGUGCUGAAUCUCGUAAAUGUGUGGUCACCGCUCUGGAAAAAGCCGUAGAAUAUGAACUUAUCAAGUCUUUACCGAAUGCAAAUAAGUCUUGAAAAAAUAUUCUCACAGAAUUUGUACAGAAUUCUGUAGUCAAGUCAUGAGUGUAUGUGCAAUGAUCAAAUUUAUGGAUGUUUUCUAAACUUCUCAUUCAAUGGCAAAAGAAGUCGAAAUUGGAUGAAGCAGUUUUGGUAAGAUGCUUGAAACAUGUUGUGAUUAUGGACAUAAAUCGGGUCUUC